UCUUCCUUCCCCCCUUCACUACGGAUGCUGCUGCGGACGACGGCGACGGCGACGGCGAUUGUGCUGCUGGGCCUGGGCGUAGGGGUGCUGGGUGACGAGGCGAAGGCUUGUACGGGGAGGAACGCCGGGAAGUACUAUGAUUUGAGCGGGCUGAGGAACGCGAAGGACUACAGCCUCAAGACUCCCGGCGGGCAGGAGCUCGUGAUCAACGCGUGUGGAGCGGUCGCGCACGAGACGUGGGGGCUGAAAAAGGACGACGUGGACGACCCUGCCAAGGUCGCUGGGUUUACGAGGAGGGAGCAUGGCGAUUUCUCGCUCGGACAGGUAAACACGACGCUGACUUUCGGGGCGCGCUCGGGGUACCCCCACCUUGUCUUCACCGACGGAUCCAGAUGUCUUGACAGCGAUGGGAAGAAGGUGGAUAACUUGCGCGGGUCUGCGGAGAUCGAGUUUGUGUGCGACCCCGCGGCAGGAAAAGGGUCGCCGAGGCUGGUUGCGGCGCUUCCCCCGGGCAACAGGGCUUGUGCAUUUGUUUUUGAGUGGCGCUCCGCCAACGCGUGCGCCACCAGCGAAGGCUGGACAUUCGGCUCUUUCCUGUGGUUCCUUCUAAGCACGUGCUUCAGCCUGUUGCUUGCCUACCUCAUCGUUGGGUUCAUCUACAACACGCUUGCGCUCGGACUGCGCGGGAUGGAAGCCGUGCCGCGCUUCUCGCUUGCGGGGGCGGUGCACCAUGCGCGUGAGGCGGGCGAGAUGGCGGUGGACUGGUGGGCGACGAGCGGGCCGGGGCGCGGGCGGUUCGGGCUGCGCGGGGACGGGAUGCGGGCCGGAGGGGCGGGAAGGAGGUUUGGGAGAGAUGCGGAGGUGGGCGGGGAUGUCGAGGAGGAGGAGGGGUUGCUUGGCGGCAAGCCCCGGGCCGAACGCGCGCAGAGCAUGGCUGCCCCGCCCGUCGUCAGCGCCGCUACCGCCAACGGCGCGCACGGCCCGAUCCCGAUGCCCGUCCCGGUGCCCCUUCCAAUGCCGACCCCCGCGGGACUCAACCCGGCGUCGCACCAGGCACAGGUCAUGGCCGGCCAAGGGCAGGGGCAGGCGAUGGAGGACAUGCCCGCCCCCACGCCCCUGCAGAACGCGGCGAUCGGGCUGAACCCCGCGAGCCACCAGGCGCAGGUCCUCGCUAGUAUGCCCGUGGCGCAUCUGAGUCGGUCGCCGGCCCCGGGUGUUGGUCCGAUGGCGCCGCUGACACCCGGGAGGGAGCGGUUUGCGCUGGGGGAUGGCGAGGAGGAGGACGAUGAAGAGGAUGAAGUGGGGGCGGUGAAGCUGUGA